CAUUCAGCAUUCAGUGUUUAGCUCAGUUUAGCUGCCAUUAACAAUACAUGUUUGUUGUUUCUUAAAAUGGCUGACAACGACAUUGACUUGUAUGCAGACGAUAUUGAUCAAGAUUUUGCACAAGAUGAUUUUGGUGGUGAUAAUGUAGAUUUAUAUGAUGAUGUUAUAUCUACACCUGCAAGUGGACCUGGAGGUGAUGCUCCAGACAAUCCUCAACCAACGUCAAAUUCGAAUACAGAAGAAACAAAUGGAACUAUAUAUCAAACCCAAGGCAACAAUAUUACUCCAAAUACCUUGGGUCGAAGACAUCAACUGUAUGUGGGGAAUUUAACAUGGUGGACAACUGAUCAAGAUAUUUUGAAUGCCGUUAGAGAUAUUGGAGUAAAUGACUUCAAUGAAGUAAAAUUCUUUGAACACAGACCUAAUGGACAAUCCAAAGGUUUCUGUGUUAUUUCUAUGGCUUCAGAGACAAGUAUGCGACUGUGCUUGGACAGAUUGCCAAAACAGCAAAUCCAUAACCAAACACCCAUAGUGACUUUGCCGACUAAACAAGCUUUGAGUACCUUUGAAAGUCAGUCGAAAACCCGCCCAACUCCUCCUAAUAACAACGGGCCUCGUGGUCAACAUCCUAGCCAAUCUAAUCAUUCUAUUUCCUCAGGUCCUCACCAAAAUUUCCCUCCUAGAAUGCAAAUGAAUUCUCCUAUCCGUGGUCCCAUGCAGCAUCCUGGUGGUAUGUCUGGUGGUCAAGGUCCAAAUGGUCCCAGAAUGCAAGGUCCUCCACCAGGUUUUAAUGGUCCACCACAGAUGAACCAGAACCAAAUGCGAUUUCAACAACCCCAAUGGAAUGGACCCAGACCAAAUGGUCCAGGGCAAGGACCAAAUAUGGGUCCAAUGAGGCUUGGCCCUCCAUCUGGCCAGCAAGGUCCACCGAGACCUCCAAUGUUUCAAGGUCCACCUCAAAUGCAAGGGCCACCCCGUGGUAUGCCAAACCAAGGCCCACCACCGGGUCCCAGACCUGACUGGAAUCGACCACCAAUGCAACAAGGAUUUCCUCCACAGGGUCCACCGAUGCAGGGUCCGCCAAGUAUGGGGCCAAGAGGACCACCGCCGAUGGGAGUUCCACCAAAUGGACCACCGCAAGGACCGCCACAGGGACCUGCUCCUCACGUAAACCCUGCGUUUUUCAGUCAGGGUGCUCCGCCCCCGAAUAUGCCGCAUCAAAUGCAAGGAGGACCACCGGGAAUGCCACCUCAGCAUGGUAUGAAUCAAGGUCCUCAUGGACCCCCGCAUGGUCCGCCUAUGGGUCCAAACUCUGGUCCACCGCCUCAUUAUUCAUCAAAUAUGGCUCCGCCAUAUGGAGCUCCUCCAGUUGGUGAUCACAGGUCUGAUAUGCCUCCGAUCAGUGAACAAGAGUUUGAAGAUAUUAUGUCGAGGAAUCGUACGGUAUCUAGCUCUGCCAUUGCCAGGGCAGUAUCAGAUGCGGCGGCCGGUGAAUAUGCCAGUGCCAUUGAAACAUUGGUUACAGCUAUAUCGUUGAUAAAACAAUCAAAGGUUUCCAAUGAUGAUAGAUGUAAAAUUUUAAUAACUUCGCUGCAAGACACUCUACGAGGCGUCGAAGAUAAGAGUUACAGUUCAGGCAGAAGGGAAAGAUCCAGAUCUCGAGAAAGACACAGACGAGGUGGAAGAAGAGACAGAUCAACAUCAAGAUAUAGGGAACGCAGUAGAGAAAGGGAGCGCGACAGAGACCGUGAGCGCGAUCGCUAUUACGCCGAUAAUUAUAGGGAAAGAGACCGUGAGCGUGACAGGUCUAGAAGCAGAGGUGACAGAGAACGUGAGCGUGAAAGAGAACGCGAAUAUAGAGAUAGAGAGCCAGAUGAUAGUUUUUACGAUUAUAGAGUGUCCAGACCCAGAAAUAAGUCACCUCCAGAUGGCACAGAAGCUGGCGGCGAUCCUACAUCGAAAUCCAGAUACUAUGAUGAUAGGUACAGAGAGCGGGAAUCAGGUAGACGUGGGGAAGCUGAUCGUGAGCGUGAAAGAGAUCGCCGGGACGAAUCUCAUAGGUCGAGACAUUAAACAUUAUUUUAUUAAUCAGAGACACAAUUUAUGUUCUAAGUUCAUAUUUCUUAUCUGUAUUCCGUUACAUUCAUUAAUGUAUUGUAAUUAAUAAGCGUUUAGUUUAUCUUUAGUUGUAGCAGAGUAUAACGUCAGUGUUAGCAGGAGCACGAACAUUUCAAGAAAGAAGACGCCCGCCGGAUAAGAAGAUUGUACAUUUCAUUAAAAAAAAAACAAAGAUGCGUGCUUACAAAACAAAA